GCUGGAUGCUUUUCUACUCCUCAUCUUACCUCAACACCUCAAGACAUCUCUUUCAAAAUCAUUUGUCAUUUGAGCUCUGCUGUGUGACAGAUGCAGGGGCUUUAAUCCAGGAUGAACGAAUGCUACUAUGACAAGCGCAUGGACUUCUUUUACAACAGGACAAAGACGGACACAGCGGAUGAGUGGACAGGACCACAGCUCAUUGGUGUUCUGUGCUUUGGGACUUUCUUCUGCCUCUUCAUUUUCAUUUCAAAUUCAUUGGUCAUAGCAGCUGUGGUGAAGAACAAGAGGUUUCAUUUUCCCUUUUACUAUCUUCUGGCCAACUUAGCAGCUGCAGACUUUUUUGCUGGAAUCGCCUACGUCUUCUUGAUGUUCAACACGGGCCCGGUGUCUAAGACAUUGACAGUUAACCGCUGGUUCCUGCGUCAGGGUCUCCUGGACACCAGCCUGACGGCAUCCCUGGUGAACCUGCUCGUCAUCGCUGUGGAGCGCCACAUGUCCAUCAUGCGGAUGAAGAUCCACAGCAAUCUCACCAAGAAGAGAGUCACUUUCUUAAUUACAUCAAUUUGGGCCAUUGCUAUUUUCAUGGGUGCUGUUCCGACGUUGGGUUGGAACUGCCUCUGUGACAUUACUGUCUGCUCAUCCCUGGCACCCAUUUACAGCAGAAGUUACCUGGUGUUCUGGAGUGUCUUAAACCUGGUUGUCUUCUUUAUUAUGGUGGUGGUUUACAUAAGAAUCUACAUGUACGUCCAGAGGAAAACCAACGUCUUGUCGUCACACACUAGUGGGUCCAUUAGCCGGAGGAGAACCCCUGUGAAGCUUAUGAAGACUGUCAUGACUGUCUUGGGUGCCUUUGUUGUCUGCUGGACCCCUGGCCUGGUUGUCUUACUGCUUGAUGGCCUGAACUGUACUGACUGUGGGAUUCAGAAUGUUAAAAGGUGGUUUCUUCUCCUGGCCCUGUUGAACUCUGUCAUGAAUCCGAUAAUUUAUUCAUACAAAGAUGAUGAGAUGUGGGCUACCAUGAAAAGGAUGAUUUGCUGCUCCUCUGAGGAUAAGAGCCAGGAGAGACGCUCAUCUCGGAUCCCCUCAACAGUUCUCUGCAGGAGCACGGAUAUCUCGGGCCACUACCUUGAAGAUGGCAUUAUUCAAGGGACAAUUUGUGGAAAAGGAGAUCUUGGUGACAAAGGAAACUCCUGAGCUAUGCAAGGGAAUGACUUGGCUGGAAAAGGAGAGGGGGAAGGGAGAGGUUUUGUAAGAGGAGAUUGACUGGCAAAGCUAGUAAACAAUAUAUACACUUUGUUCCAGAGCCUCAACUCCAGUGUUAACAAAAGUUCUUAUAAAUAAUUGCCUGAUGGAAAAACACUUUGUAAUGAAGAAAACUUUCUGUGCUGCCAUCCUUUUUGUCUUUCAAGUACAUGAAAUUGUUUCUUCAUGUGAAUGGAAUAAAUACCUCUCAGAGACUUCUUGUGCACGGAAACAAAAUGUAAGCAAUAUGGAGAGACCCUCCUUAAGCUCCUGCAGAGAGAAGAAACCUGCCUGACUCUGCAGGUUUGGCAUUCAUUGAGUAUUUAUGCUUUGAUUAGUUUCUGUGCAUCUUGGUUGGACAGAGUUGUGACCUGUUUUCUUGGUUUGUGAAGUUCAUGAAACAGUUCAUGCUUACCUCUUCUCUUCCUCCUUAUCUUGCUUUCAAAAUAGGUAGUUUGAUAGUUUACUAAAGCUAUGCCAGAAACCUGGCUGUGAUGAGAGACCCAGACCAGGCGUCAGUGUGUGUGGGUACGUCUGACCGUGGAUUGUCAGGAUCUGAGAGUACAGAAAGCAAAAAGCCAUUAUUUCUUCCAUAGUGGGGUGAAUGCUGCCGGAAAAGACGAUGCACUCUCUGCUGCUGUUGUGUAGGCAGGCAUUGAGGGUGGAUUAACAGAAAAGCUCAUUUCUUCCUUCCCUAGAUAACAUCAAAUGGGUGUGCUCACUCCUCUUUACCUGCUAUGCCACUGAGAGAAAUGAGAUCCAAAGCUCUGGUUUACAAAGGAAUUUUUAAGGGAAGUUUAAAUACCCAUUUGUCCAGGUUCAAUCAAGCUAUUUCAAAUAGAAAUUAAUUUACAGGCAAAAAAAGCCUGAAAUCAAUUUAAGCCCCUACCAUAGUACAGUGUGCAUUGAUUGUUGGACCUUGUCUGGACCACAUUUCUCCUCCAAUUUGCAAACAGAUCUUACUGGAACAGGUACUUGAGGAAGAGACCAUGAAACAGGGAGUGAUGGAGGGCUUUCAGCAUAGUGACUGAUCAAAUCUAGUGCUGGUGCAGCCACAGCCCAAACAGCUGCAGUUCUGGCUUAUGCACUGUGCUCUAACAAGAGAGUCCAGCAGUACAAAGCUCUAGGGUAAAGUUCUUAUUUUUAAAAUUUCAAAUUAAAAACUGGAUUGUAGAUUUCUCAGUAAUCUAAAAAGCUGGUUCGUGCUGUCUGGUUUCAAAGGCAGUGAACUCCCUGUUGCCAUUUUAACUUCAAGGGGAGUUUCCUGUGUUGUCUCCUAGAGAAAGUCUGAUCCCUGGUAUUAAGGCAGGUGACCUCAGCCAGAGGUCACUUUGAAAAGUUUUGGAAGUUUUGGCCGCUUGGAAUUACCAGAGAACAACACCAAGAGCCAACACCAAGGACAUAUUUUAUGAAGCUGAAAGAUAAAGUUGAGCUGAGGUUUGGCCAAAUUCUUCCUUUGGUGCCACUUGCAUGUGGAUAUCUGGACUGUGUUGGUCAAAACAGAACUAGCCUUUGGCUCAAAGGCUGAGCAAGGGGUUUGCACUGGGAGACUUAAUAGCAGCCCUUAGCAUAUCUUACAAGCACAGUAAGGCCCUGUUCAGAGAGAUGUCCUGUAACAUGCAUUAUCUUGUAGGGAUGUGGCCCAGUAUUCAAGGUAGAUGGUGUAUUUGUUUACACGUUUUUUGCUAUUGUAAUGCAAUUUUUUUGUGCAAAUACUACUUCACUGCUUUGGUGUUCUGAAAAGCGUGUAAAGUGGUGCUUUGUAGGGGUGGUGGUGUGGUGGGUUGAGCCUGGCUGGAGACCAGGUGUCCACCAAAGCUGCUCCAUCACUUCUCUCCUCAGCUGGACAGGGGAGAGAAAAUAAAACAAAAGGCUCAUGGGUCAAGAUAAGGACAGGGAGAGAUUGGUCACCAAUUAUAGACUUGACUUGGAGAAAAAUUAAGUUAUUACCAAUCACAUCAGGGUAGCAUAAUGGGAAAUAAACCCAGAUCUUAAUACUUUCCUCUCAUCCUCCGUUUUUCCUGGGCUUAGCUUUAUUCCUAAUUUUCUCUAUCUCCAUUCCGCAAUGGUGCCAGGGGGACAGGGAAUGUGACUGGUUCAUCAGUCAUUGCCACUCCUUCCUCAUAGUGAGGUUUCCUCACACUCUUCCUUCUCCUUUGUGGGGUCCCUCCCACAGGAGACAGUUCUCAAAUUUCUCCAACAGCAUGGGUCUCCCAUGGAGUCACUCGCCAGCCAACCUGCUCCAGCAUGGGCUUUCCAUGUGCUCACAGCCUCCUUUGGGCAUUCCUCUUCUCCAGCCUGGGAUCCUCCACAGGCUGCAGGUAGAUCUUUGCUCCACCAUGGGCCUCCACUGGCUGCAGGGGAAGCUCAGCUCUGGCGCCUGGAGCACCUGCUGCCCACCUUGGUGUUGUCACAGUUAUUUCUCUCACACAUUCUCACUCCCCUCUUCUGCUGCAGUCACACAGGUUUUGUUUCAUCCAUCUUAAGUACCUUCUCCCAGGUCCCUGCCACUGUUGCUGAUGGACUCACUUUUGGACAGGGGUGGGUCUGUCCUGGAGCCAGCUGGCAUUGGCUCUGUCAGACAUAGGGAAGUCUCUGGUGUCUUCUCACAAAAUCCACCCCUGUACCCCCUGCCCCACGCUGCUAUGAAAACCUUGCCCUGCAAACCUGCCCGUGGUGGCCUUGCAAAGGCACAGCAUGCAAGCACCCCAUCCCCACUGCUACUGCAGCACAGUUUGUCUGAACUAGGCUGGAGCUCUGUAUACAAACCUAAUAGAAAAUAAAAUGGUACUUCAAAAUGAAAGUCUUGUUUUGCUUCCUGUUUGAAUGGUGAUUGAGCAAUGAUGGGGAAA